UUCCUGUUUGGUAGAGUUGGAUGACGCUUCUCUGGAGUACAGACCUAGCUGCGCUAACACUGUGGUUCCCGGAGCCCGAACAACCUCUCAGACCGGUUCCUCUUGGCUUCUUCGGUGCUUCUGUUUCCGGUCCUGUUGAAACUGUUGCCGUGGCGAGCAGCUGUCAGCGCAUCCACUAAGGCUCCUUACCUGGGGGGUUUCCCUCCCUCCCUCUUUACCGUACAGAAGGAUCACUUCAGCAAGCCACCAUGGUGCUGGCCGACCUGGGACGGAAGAUCACCUCGGCGCUGAGGUCACUCAGCAAUGCCACCAUCAUCAAUGAAGAGGUGUUGAACGCCAUGCUGAAGGAGGUGUGUGCCGCUCUGCUGGAGGCAGACGUCAACAUCAAAUUGGUCAAACAGCUGCGAGAAAACGUCAAGUCAGCCAUAGACCUGGAGGAGAUGGCCUCAGGGCUGAACAAGAGGAGGAUGAUCCAGCACGCCGUCUUCAAGGAGCUGGUGAAGCUGGUGGACCCCGGGGUGAAGGCCUGGACUCCAACCAAAGGAAAGAACAAUGUCAUCAUGUUCGUUGGUCUGCAGGGCAGCGGCAAGACUACCACCUGCUCCAAGCUGGCUUACUAUUACCAGAGGAAAGGCUGGAAGACCUGCCUGAUCUGUGCAGACACCUUCAGAGCGGGUGCCUUCGAUCAGCUCAAACAAAAUGCCACCAAAGCCAGGAUCCCUUUCUACGGCAGUUACACUGAGAUGGACCCGGUGGUGAUCGCCGCUGAAGGUGUGGAGAAGUUCAAAGGGGAGAACUUUGAGAUCAUCAUCGUGGACACCAGUGGGAGACACAAGCAGGAGGACUCCCUGUUCGAGGAGAUGCUGCAGGUGUCCAACGCCGUGCAACCAGACAACAUUGUGUACGUGAUGGACGCGUCGAUCGGUCAGGCCUGCGAGGCCCAGGCUAAAGCUUUUAAGGACAAGGUGGACGUAGCGUCGGUGAUCGUCACCAAGCUGGACGGCCACGCCAAAGGAGGCGGAGCUCUGAGCGCAGUGGCGGCCACCAGGAGUCCCAUCAUCUUCAUCGGGACGGGCGAACACAUCGACGACUUCGAGCCUUUUAAGACUCAGCCGUUCAUCAGCAAGCUGCUGGGAAUGGGAGACAUCGAAGGACUGAUCGACAGAGUGAACGAGCUGAAACUGGACGACAACGAGGAGUUGAUAGACAAACUGAAACACGGUCAGUUCACCCUCAGGGACAUGUACGAGCAGUUCCAGAACAUCAUGAAGAUGGGACCGUUCGGCCAGAUAAUGGGUAUGAUUCCAGGGUUCGGCACAGAUUUCAUGAGUAAAGGGAACGAGCAGGAAUCGAUGGCCAGACUGAAGAAACUCAUGACCAUCAUGGACAGCAUGAAUGACCAGGAACUGGACAGCAAAGACGGAGCAAAGCUGUUUAGCAAGCACCCCAACAGGAUCCAGAGAGUGGCCCGCGGGUCAGGAGUGGCCACCAGAGAUGUUCAGGAGCUGCUGACUCAGUACACCAAGUUUGCUCAGAUGGUGAAGAAGAUGGGAGGCAUCAAAGGACUGUUUAAAGGAGGAGACAUGUCCAAAAACGUGAACCCGUCUCAGAUGGCCAAGCUGAACCAGCAGAUGGCCAAAAUGAUGGACCCUCGGGUCCUGCACCACAUGGGAGGCAUGGCUGGUCUUCAGUCUAUGAUGCGUCAGUUUCAGCAGGGCGCUGCCGGCAACAUGAAAGGCAUGAUGGGAUUUAACAACAUGUGACCGAUGCGCCAACAGAAGAAGAAAGGCAUCCCCUCCUGCAUCUGGCGGAGGAGCGACUCAUCUCUUGCUGCUUUGCACCAAAUUAAUGAAUAAAGUUUGUUCUUUAUGAAACCCUUAAAGGUAAAUUGUGAGUUUAAAGGAGUAGCUGAGUUUCCAGAAAAUGUUUUUGUUCUUGGAAAAGUGUGAGAUGCUCCUGGUUCUUGUGGACGUUGAGCUGAUGUUUCACGGUUCUCCUGGCCUUCGUCUCAGUUUCCAUGUAAAAUUAAGUUGAGACGAGAGAAACAUUACAGGACAAAAUGCUUCAGGAUCUAAACGAGGAGGAAAUCUAGUAGUGAUGCUAUUUUCUCAUAUAAUAAACAUUUUUAUUACA